CGGUGGGAGCACUGCGCGUGGACUUGUGCUCUGUGUUCUGCUGGUCUGGGGGAAGAGUCUGGUCUGGGGAGGGAGGAGGUUCUGCUGGACUGGGCUGGCGUGGUUCUGGUGGACUCGCUGUUGGAGAUAGAUGGAGAAGCUGUAGGAGCCUGAGGAGGCUGUUUGUUCCCUGUCUCGGAUGGAUAGAGAGGUACUUUUCAUGCAGAGCGCGUCGCACACCAACCAGCCAGCUCUCUCUCCAGCUCUCCAUGCAUCCAUCUCUCCAGAAACGAGCAGCUGUAGAGGCUUUUUCUACAGGAACAUCAGCACACAUCUGGAUUUCUGGGUUAUCUCGAGUGCUGAGCGUGUUGUGGUGUUGAGGAGGGGGUCUUUCUUCAGCUCUGAAGGAGAUCUGUAGCUGUGAAGGAAGGAAGGAGGGAGAUACGAGGGAAGAGAGGGGAGAGAGGAGCAACGUGCUCUGAAUGUAGAUAGAGCAGAAGACUUUGCCCAGCACUGAUUUGGGCGAGGAGCUGUCCAGUGCUGAAAUCUCUCCCGGAGCUUAUUGUGUGGAGCUAGUUGUUGGAGAUCGAGAAGAGGGGGCUUCUGCAGACCACCAAAAGGCCAAAGAAGGGGAAACAAGGAUUUAAUUUAAAGAAAUGCAGUAGAUCUUUGCCCAAACCCCCAUAUCCAGCUCCCCCCGACCUCCACUUCCAUUCUAAAAAGCAGCUGGAACAUCUGGACUGAUGGCUUCUCUCUACCAGAGAUUCACCGGGAAGAUCAACACCAGCAAAUCCUUCCCGCACCCACCUGAAGCCAGCCACCUUCUCGGAGGGCAGGUGGAGGUGGACGAGAAGACUGGAAAAGCCCCCCAGCCUGCGGCAGACGGCCGGAUUCGGGCGCAGCAGUACCGCAAGAGGAACACCUGCGAGGAUGAGGACGAGCUGGUGGGUAGUGCUCCUGCUCAGAGGAACUGGAAGGGAAUCGCUAUCGCUCUGCUUGUCAUUCUGGUCAUCUGCUCUCUGAUCAUCACCUCCGUUAUCCUGCUGACGCCACGUGAAGAUGACAGCUUGGCCUCAAAGAAGAAAAUUACCAUCGAGGAUCUGUUCAGCAAAGAGCUGCAGGGUCACGACCCCGAGGCCAAAUGGCUCAGCGACUCUGAGCUCCUGUAUCGUAACCGGGAUGGAGAUGUGGUUAAGCUGGAUGUGGAGAGCAACACGACGGUGGUGCUGGUGGACAACAAGAUGUUUGAAACGUAUAAAGCCAGUAAAUACCAGAUCUCUCCUGAUUUGACUCAUGUGCUGCUGGCCUACAAUGUUGUUCCGUUGUACCAGUAUUCGUAUACAGCCUCUUAUAUCAUCUGCAGUUUGUACACGCCGGACACAGUGGUUUUAGCUGCUCCUGAGGUGGAGAACACCAUGCUGCAGUUCGCUGGAUGGGGUCCUAAAGGACAGCAGCUGAUCUUCAUAUUUGAGAACAACAUCUAUUACCAGGCCACAGUGAGGGACAAGCCCAUCCGCCUGGUCACCUCCGGGAGAGAGGGCGUGAUAUUUAACGGACUCACCGACUGGCUUUAUGAAGAGGAGAUUUUCCAGAGUUAUAUUUCUCACUGGUGGUCCCCAGACGGCCUCAGACUGGCGUACGCCACCAUCAACGACACCCUCGUACCCAAGAUGGAAAUGCCCAUGUUUACCGGCAGCCUGUACCCGGGUGCCCAGGAGUACAGAUACCCAAAAGCUGGAGAGGAGAAUCCUGAGAUCUAUCUCUCAGUGGUCAGUGUGAAUGGACCCCUCCAUACUGUAAAGAUGAAGAAACCUGAGGACCCCAGAAUCGGGAAGGAGUAUUACAUCACCAUGGUGAAGUGGGCUACCAGCACCAAGUUGGCAGUGAACUGGCUGAACCGAGCUCAGAACAACUCCAUCCUCACCCUGUGUGAAGCCACCACAGGAAUCUGCACCAAGAAACACGAGGACGAGAGCGACAGCUGGCUCCACAGACAGAAUGAAGCUCCACUCUUCUCCAGGGAUGGUCUCAGGUUCUUCUUCACCCGGGCGGUUCCACAGGGGGGUCGAGGAAAGUUCUUUCACAUCUCCAUGUCCACUUCCCAGCACAACAGCAGUUCUGAUACGCUGCAGUCUCUGACCUCGGGAGAUUGGGACGUCACAGAGAUUUUGGCGUACAACGAAGAAACGCAGCUCGUAUAUUUCCUGAGCACAGAAGACAGUCCUAGAAAACGGCAGCUGUACAGUGCGGACACCACCGGCUCCUUCAACAGACGCUGCCUGUCCUGUGAGUUUAGCUGUGGAUACGUCAGCGGCUCCUUCAGCCCUGAAUCCAGCUACUUCCUCCUGAACUGUAAAGGUCCUCGAUCUCCUUACACAGCGGUCUACAUCUCGCAGGACAGACAGUAUAAAAAGCUGCUGGACGUGGAGACAAAUGAAUUGCUGAAUUUAACAGUGAGCUCCAUGCAGGAACCCUCCGUACAUUACCAGGAAAUCACUAUCGAUGAUUACUCUCUCUCCAUCCAGAUCCUGAAGCCGGCAGGGUUUAAAGAAGCGGCCCACUACCCACUACUGCUGCUGGUGGAUGGGACCCCUGGUGGUCAGGUGGUGACGGAGCAGUUUCAGGUGGACUGGGCCACAGUGCUGGUGAGCUCCUACAGCAUCAUCGUUAUUCGCUUCGACGGCCGGGGGAGUGGCUUCCAGGGGACCAACCUGCUGCACCGAGUGAAGAGGAAACUCGGACAGAUGGAGGAGAUCGACCAGUUGGAGGCUUUAAGAAUCAUUUCACAGGAGUCGUACGUGGACAAGAGCAGGAUCGGAGUGUUCGGAAGGGUAUAUGGAGGAUACGUGGCGAGUCUUCUCCUGGGAUCUGAAGAUUCUCCAUUUAAAUACAACGUUAAGUUUAAAUGUGGAGCGGUCGUCUCGCCCAUCACCGACUUCAGCUUAUACGCUUCAGCAUUCUCAGAGCGCUAUUUAGGAUCACCCCGAGCCAAUCAGAGAGUGUAUGAGGUUUCAAAUUUAGCGCAGCGCUCAGGACGCCUAGACGAUAAGAAGUUCCUGAUUAUUCACCCUACAGCUGACGAAAAAGUCCAUUUCCAGCACACAGCCAAAUACAUCACCCAUCUAAUAAACGAGAAGGCUAAUUACACGUUACAGAUCUACCCGGACGAGGGACACUUCCUGCACUCAGAAGAAUCCCGGCAGCACCUCAGCCAAUCACUGGUCAACUUCUUCGAGGUGUGUUUCAGACCGCCGGAGAUCGUGAGCGAAGAGGAGCUGGAGCAGGACCACGAGGACGACGGUUAAACACGCCCCUGACCACGCCCACAACGACUGUCCCUCAGAGCCCAGUGCAGGCCAGCUUACAGCCCAAUAUGCAAACUGUCCACCUCGUCCCCCCCCGUCCCCCGUCCCUCCUCCAGAGCUCCCGCAUCAUCAGGAGAAUCACCGGUAUCAUCGUCGUCAGUAUCGUCCGUCUGCGUCUCAGACGAUUAUCCUGAACAUCGGCACAGACCUGAGCCAAUCAGCUCGUCUCUACAGAGGAGAACGAGACACUGAGCGAGAUAAAGAGCUGAACCGCUGUUUCUUCAUCAUCUUCAUCAUCAUCAUCAUCAUCAUCAUCGGUCCUCCAACCAAACACCCAGACGAGCGUCCUCGUGUGAACUGAGAGGAAAUAAUAGCACAAAACAGAUAUACAGCUCUGGAAAAAAAACACCAAACUGAACUGCUUGAAUUUUUGCACCAGGAGUAAAGCAGCAUAAAGUUAUCCAAAAGCAGUGUGUAAGACUGGUGGAGGAGAACAUUCCGAGAUGCAUAAAAAACAAAACUGUGAUUAAAAUUGGUUUCUGAAUAUUCAUUUUUAUAAUCCCCAAACUUUUCUCUACAAUCUCCCUCCUCUAUAUAAACAGUUCUGGAUAAAUAAAAUAAAAUAAAAAAACACUUAAAAAUAAUGAGUUUCUUCGAUUUUACCAAAUUGAAAACCUCUAGUAAAGUUAUCCAAAAGCAGUGUGUAAGACUGGUGGAGGAGAACAUGAUGCCAAGAUGCAUGAAAACAAACUGUGAAUAAAAACCAACCAGCGUUAUUCCACCAAAUAUUGAUUUCUGAACUCUUAAAACUUGAAUAUGAAUAUUAACUUGUUUUCUUUGCAUUAUUUGAUGUCUGAGCUUUUUUAUUUUCUGCAAAUAAAGGACCUAAAUUAUUAUUAUUUUUUAUUUGUAAUUUGGGAGAAAUGUUGUCUGUAGUUUGUAGAAUAAAACAACAAUGUUCAUUUUAAUCAAACGUAAACCUAUAAAUAGCAAAAUCAGAGAAACUGAUUCAGAAACUGAAGUGCUCUCUAUAUAUAUAUAUAUUUUUUUUUUUCCAGAGCUGUAUAUUCAUCUAUAAAUAUAAAUCUGUAGAUAUAUAGAUAUAUCUCAAGGGCAACAGUGAAGAACUGGACUGGAUGGAUCAGCUCUCAUUAUCUCUCAUCAGUAGCGCCCCCUGGUGACUCUCUUCAGUGUGUUGCUUUAUAAAGAACUGAGCUCAUAACUGGUCCUUUUGUUGGGAGAUAUAAAAAAAAGAAUAAUGUUCAUAUCGUUUCUUCAUUUUUUGUCGUCUUCUUAUCUAAUAACGUGGAACUUCUCGUUGGGUCCGGUAUCUGUUACAGUACAGUAGCUUUAAAUUGAUAUUUAGUAAUAAAAACGGCCCGUAAGCAGCUUUUCCUGGAUUUAUUAUUAUUAUUAUUAUUAUUAAUAUUAUCAGGGCCUUAACAUAGAGUAAUUCUGUUUAUUCGUGAAAUGGGUCGGCUUAGAAAUAAAUGGCUGUGGUUUUAAAACAUAGUUUUAAUACAUUAGUUCAUACAGCUGAAGAAACUGAGGUCAUUAUUUUAGUCACUGUGCCUUACUGGAGUAAAGCUGUACAAGAUGGGCUGUGCGUUAAGUGUUUAAAAAUAAAAAAUACAAAUAAAAAAAUAGUUAAAACAAAUAGAACAGGAAUUUUUACAUUGUGAAAAAGCUGAAUAUAAAGAGAAGCUGCCAGUGCGUCACAUCCACGGUCGUUUCGGCUGCGGAAAACUGUAGAAGGUGAAUUUUAAAAUCUAGCUUCCAUCAUCAGGUACAGCUUCUUUCCUUUAUUUCAUAUCUAAAGGCUGUGAUCACGUCCAAAACGUCCUCGAGGCACAUUUUGACAUUUUGUACAGAUGAUCUUGUUUCUGUUUUCUGAUUGUUUUUUUUUUUUGUUUGUUUGUUUUUUUGGCAUGCUAGCAAAAAAGUUCAGCAGCUUUUUAUUUUAAAAAUGUUUAAUUUUAUCUCUUUUUUUGUUCUGUUUCUGUUAUUAAAUAUCUAUUUAAGUGUUGUAUCUUCUGACAGCUUGAAUGUCCUCCUGUGGUUCCACUUUAAUGUACCGUCGUGAGCGAAUCUCUCUCUUGUCUGUCUCGUCUGCAGAUGUAUAAAUAUGUAAAUUACAGCUGUUCGGGUCCCUCCUGUGUGCAACUUGUACAUAAAGCAUUUUGAAAGCUUU